AGGGGCGGGGCCUGGUGGUUAUUUCCGUGGCUGCGGCCGCGGGAGCUGCUGGGCCUGAGGGGUUUGGGCUGCCCUGUGGAGAUGACCACAGCCUCGGUUCCCCCAUCCUCUUGCUGGAGACGCCAGUCGCUUCGGUUCAUGUUGCUGUAGUCAACCUUCCCUGGUGUCACCAGCAGCUGCUCGUGUCAGUGGAGCAUCUCGGGGGCUUGAACUGAGGAAAGAAAUCCUGAAAAGGGGAAAGAAACCCUGGAAAGGUUUUCAAGGACUCCCUGGGAGGAAUUUUCAGCUGGCAGCAUCAGGAGGAGGAGCCUGGUGCAGGGCUGUAUCUCUCCCCUGCAGGUAGCAGCCAGGCUGGUUGCCUCUUGCCUCUGUGGCCCGUUGAUGCGGCCACCAAAAUCCACGGCUGAAGCUGCCUGGGUCUGGGCAGGAGCAGCGGGAGCCGAGUUUGUCCCUUCCCAGCUCUGGCUGAGGUGGAGCAGAGCGGCUGGGCGAGCGUGAAUGCAGCCUGCGGGGGUGAAGGCAGCCUGCGAGCCUGCACCCGGAGAGGGGAUUGCGCCCCCAGGACAGCCAUGGAGAAGAUGGCCAGGGUCACCACCGCCCUGGGGGGCAACGCCCUGACGGGCAGGACCAUGUUCUGCCACCUGGAUGCCCCUGCCAACGCCAUCAGCGUCUGCCGCGACGCCGCACAGGUGGUGGUGGCCGGCCGCAACAUCUUCAAGAUCUACUCCAUCGAGGAGGAGCAGUUUGUGGAGAAGCUGAACCUCCGGGUGGGCCGCAAGCCCUCCUUGAACUUCAGCUGUGCCGACGUGGUGUGGCACCAGAUGGACGAGAACCUGCUGGCCACGGCCGCCACCAACGGCGUGGUGGUCACCUGGAACCUGGGCAAACCUUCCCGCAACAAGCAGGACCAGCUCUUCACCGAGCACAAGCGCACGGUCAACAAGGUCUGCUUCCACCCCACCGAGGUCUACAUGCUCCUCAGUGGCUCCCAGGAUGGUUACAUGAAGUGCUUUGACCUCCGCAAGAAGGACUCGGUCAGCACCUUCUCUGGCCAGUCGGAGAGCGUGCGUGAUGUCCAGUUCAGCAUCCGGGACUACUUCACCUUUGCUGCCACCUUUGAGAACGGGAAUGUCCAACUCUGGGACAUCCGCCGGCCCGAUCGCUAUGAGAGGAUGUUCACUGCCCACAAUGGGCCCGUCUUCUGCUGUGACUGGCACCCCGAGGACAGGGGCUGGCUGGCCACAGGUGGUCGGGAUAAGAUGGUGAAGGUGUGGGACAUGAACACCACGCGGGCCAAGGAGAUCUACUGCGUGCAGACCAUCGCCUCGGUGGCCCGGGUGAAGUGGCGCCCAGAGUGCAAGCACCACAUCGCCACCUGCUCCAUGAUGGUGGACCACAACAUCUAUGUCUGGGACGUGCGCCGACCCUUCAUCCCCUCUGCCAUGUUUGAGGAGCACAAGGACGUCACCACAGGCAUUGUCUGGAGGCACCUCCACGACCCUUACUUCCUCCUGUCCGGUUCCAAGGACAGCACCCUCUACCAGCACAUCUUCAAGGACGCCAGCCAACCCAUCGAGAGGGCCAACCCUGAGGGACUCUGCUACAGCCUCUAUGGAGACCUGGCCUUUGCUGCCAAGGAGAGCCUCAUCUCCUCUGACUCCAACCGCAAGCCCUACCUGGGGGACCGCCGCCACCCCAUCUUCUUCAAGCGCAAGCUGGACCCCACGGAGCAGUUUGAGUACAUCUCCUCCUCCAGUGCCCUCAGCGUCUUCGAGACAGAGGUGGAGAGUGGCAGCAUGGAUUGGUUUGUCCACACUGCCAAGCAGUACGCCCUGGCCGGCCGGCCCCUACCUGACCUUUGUGAUCACAAUGCCAAGGUGGCCAAGGGCUUGGACCGCAACCAGGUGGCCCAAACAUGGACAAUGCUGCGAAUCAUCUACUCCAGCCUCAGCACCAUGUCCUCCACCAACCUCAACCACAGCAUGGGGAAAGGCAGCUCUGCCCUCCCACUCAUGAACAGCUUUAACCUGAAGGACAUCCCCUCUGGGCUGGGCAGCGAGUCAAGGCUGGACCGCAGCAAAGGAGAGAACCGCACGGAGAACAUCCUCAUGGAUUCCUCCUCCACCCUCAUCAACAACGAGGACAACGAGGAAACAGAGGGCAGUGAUGUCCCUGCUGACUACUUGCUGGGAGAUGUGGAGGCAGAUGAGGAUGACCUGUACAUGAUGGACCACGAGAACCCACACGCUGAAGAGCAGGAGUACAGCCUGCCCCAGGAAGCCUUCCCCCUGCGCCACGAAAUCAUGGACAACCCCUCAGCCUUGGACCACCUGCAGGACAAGGCUGACUCCCCUCAUGUCAGUGGCAACGAGGCUGAGACUGUGUCCCUGACCCCCGUGGAGUCCUUCUCCCUCAUCUCCAUCUCCCACUCCCUCUAUGAGAACCGCCUGCCCUCCGACUUCUUCAACCCCAUCGUGAGGGACACUCUCCUCUUCUACGCCGAGCAGGGGGACGUGCAGACAGCUGUGUCUGUGCUCAUUGUCCUGGGGGACCGCAUCCGCAAGGAGAUUGACGAGCAGACCCAGGAGCACUGGUACACAUCCUACAUCGACCUGCUGCAGCGUUUCCAGCUCUGGAACAUCUCCAACGAGGUGAUCAAGCUGAGCACCUGCCGCUCCAUCAACUGCCUCAACCAAGCCUCCACCACCCUCCACAUCAACUGCAGCAACUGCAAGAGGCCCAUGAGCAACCGGGGCUGGAUCUGUGACAGGUGCCGGCAGUGUGCCAGCAUGUGUGCUGUCUGUCACCACGUGGUGAAGGGACUCUUCGUUUGGUGCCAGGGCUGCAGCCACGGGGGCCACCUCCAGCACAUCAUGAAGUGGCUGGAGACCAGCUCCCACUGCCCCGCAGGCUGCGGCCACCUCUGCGAGUACACCUGAGCCCCAGGGCGAGGGGCGGGCAAGGUGCAGGCAGGGCUUUGCCCGCACCUCCCUGCCGGUAUUUAUUUUGGUGGAGGUUUGGGGCUGUUGGUGCCUCCCCUCCCACCUCUUUUCUACGGGAUUAAAACAAAACACAGACG